AUGGGGGCACGCUGCAAUCCUACACAGCCCGGUACCCGGGGAUCACCGCCAACACCUGGGUCCCCCAGGGAUUUGUUCAUCUCUUGCGCAACUAUCACUCUCCCAGCCUACCUUAUAUGGACUUCUUUAAAAAUAAAUGGCCACACCUGCUCCCACUUUCCAGUUAACAUUCUUACCGGUCGGACCUGUUCCAGCAGGAAGGAUAUCUUGUGCGCGGUCUUACGCAAUAGGUUCAUUAUCAAGUUCUAUAAAUAUGGAGGAGUCUGGAACCAGAGUACCCCUCCGGUAAACAGGACAGUUGGUCAGUCUCGAUUCGAUCAUCGGGUCUCCGUCGCGCGACAAAUCAAACACCGCCAGGUACACGAAACGAAUGAGCGACAAACUGCUGUUCGGAGGCUCAUAAAUGGGUCCAUUUCUGAUAAGGCUGACUUGAAUGCCAUUCGAUAUAACGAGUAA